UAAUAGAUUACGUAGUACUGGCAGUAUGGAUGGUGGAUUGCGCGCUCUGGAGUUGAUGCCCCUACUCCAGGAGCGGCUUGUAGUAUUAACGGGGGGUCGUGAUAGACGUGGGGGGCCACUUUUGUGUUUUCCUGCAAGUCCAAGAAGAGAGCGUGCAAAACCAGAGGAUUAUCGUCGAUUGCUGCAAUAUUUAAUGGCGAUACCAAGUGAAGAAUCCCGUUCACAUGGUUUCACUGUUUUGGUUGAUAUGCGUGGUGCUACAUGGAGUACAAUAAAACCUAUUCUAAAAGUUCUACAUGAACAUUUCCCAGCUGGUGCUGUUCAUCAAGCAAUAAUAGUUAAACCUGAUAAUUUUUGGCAAAAACAACGUACUUCUCUUCAUUCACAUAAAUAUAAAUUUGAGACAACUAUGAUAAGUUUAGAAGCAAUUUCAAAAUUAAUAGAUCCAUCACAGCUGACAACGGAUUUAGAUGGCACACUUCAUUAUGAUCACAGUACGUGGUUAGAAUUACGUGUAGCUGUUGAAGAUUUCGCAUGGCAAGCAGCUGAUCUUUUAGAUCGUUUAGACGAUUUACAAGAAGAUUUAGUACGUAAUGAUUUUGCCGAUGAUGUGUCUGGAGCAAAGCAUGGUAUUGAUCUACAUAAUGAAAUGAAGAAGAAAAUCAUGAAAGCUCCUGUAGAAGAAAUCGAUGUUUUAGGCCAAAGAUUAUUACAAAGAUUAUCAUCGGAUAUAAGUAAUUCAAUGUCAUCACAAAGUGCCGGAAAUUCUAGUAACAAUAGUUCACAACAAGAUGGAAGUGGCGGUGGGGGAGGUGGAGGUGGUGGUGGCAGUGUUACGGGAACAAUAAUUGGUGGUAAUGCAGACACUCGUGCUCUCGUCUUACAACAUUUAGAGGCAGUACGUUCCGCCCAACAACACCUAUUGCAAUUAUGGCAACAUAAACGUGCUAAACUUGAUCAAUGUUUUCAACUUAGAUUAUUUGAACAAGAUUGUGAGAAGAUGUUUGAUUGGAUUUGCCAUAAUCGAGAUGUAUUUUUAUUAAAUUAUGUUGAAAUUGGUCAUUCGUAUCAAUUAGCAAAAAAUUUACAAGAAGAACAUCAACAUUUUACAAUGAGUAGCAUGAAUGUUUAUGUAAAUAUAAAUCGAAUAUUAACAGUGGCAUCACGUUUAAUUGAGAGUAACCAUUAUGCAUCACAACAUAUACGUGCUGUCGCUGGACGUUUAGAUCGUACAUGGAAAGAAUUUGCUGCUGGGUUAGAUGAACGAACCGCCGUAUUAGCAUUAUCUGUGAUAUUCCACCACAAAGCCGAGCAGUAUGUUGAGAAUGUACCAUCAUGGAAUCAAGCAUGUGAAAAUAUUGCUGUACCAAAUGAGAUUAUCCAUUUAGAACAAGCAAUUCAUAAACAUCAAAAUUUAUAUGAAUCUAUGUGUCAAGCUUAUACAGAGGUUCAUAGUACAAGUAAGAAGCUUCUCUAUCAAUUAGAUCAUCUGGUUCAAAUAUGCAAUCAGCCGGGAAUUGAAUCUCGUAAACAUUCGGAUAGUGAUGGAGUUGAUGGUGUGUUGGGUGUUGGUGGGCGUGCUGGAAACCCAGCUGCUGACUAUAGUGAAGGUGCUAGUCAUGUUUUAGCUGUAAUACAUCAAAUUUUAAAUCAUCAUCGUGCACUUGAACAACAUUGGCAUACGAAGAAAAUAAAAUUACAUCAGCGACUUGCCUUACGGUUGUUUCAAGAAGAUUGCAAGCAGGUAUUGGAUUGGUUAGCAAAUCAUGGUGAAGUGUUUAUUCGAAAAAAUACUGGAAUUGGUAGAAAUUUGCAAAAAGCACGUGUUUAUCAAAAGAGUCAUGAGCAUUUUGAAAAUGUUGCACAGAAUACGUAUACAAACGCUGAAAAAUUGUUGGCAGCCGCUGAAGAACUUGCUCAUACUGGUGAGUGUGACGCUGAAGACAUCUAUCGUGUGGCACAUGAACUAGAGGCGCAUGUGACGUCGUUUGCUGCACGUGUUGAACAACGACGUCGGCGCCUCGACCUUGCCGUCCUUUUUUAUACACAUGAAAAAGAGCUAAGUAGUUGGGUUGAUGAAUUACGCCAAGAAUUACAAAAUGAUGAAACGGGUGCUGACAGUUUAGAGGCAACAGAACGUUUAUUAGAACAAACAGCACAACAAAGAGACUCUUGUUUAGACGCUUGUAAUUCAACAAUUGCUGAAGGUGAAGCACUAUUACAAGAACUCAGAAGUGUGGCGGAAAUGGAUGGAGGAGGUGUUGCAGGUGCAGGAAGUUCAGCUGCAGCUGUCGAAGCAGCACUUCAACGAUUAGCUAAUCAACGUGCUGAACUCGGUGAACUUUGGGCAGCACGAAAGUUACGUUUAGAUUUAGCGUUACGGUUGCGAAUAUUUGAACGAGAUGCUUUAGAAGUAUCAUCUCAGUUAGAAAUGUGGUCAGAAGAAUUACAACAUAGUGAAUUAACUCGUGAUAUGGCAAAGGCCGAACAAUUUCUUCGACUGCAUAAUGAAAGUGUUAGUCAAAUGCAAAAUACAACAUUUCAAGUCUUACAACAAGGUCAAGAACUUGCUCAAGUAUUUGAGAACUCUGGUGUAUGUGUAAUGGCCGAUUCCCAAUACAAUGCACAAACACGAGUUCAAGUAUUAUUAGAAUUUUUACAUGAAAGACAAAUUGAUCUCGAAGAAUUAGCUGAAAUGAAACGAAUAAAACUUGAACAAUGUGUGCAAUUAGGACAAUUUCAAAAUGAUGCUAACCAAGUGAUAAGUUGGAUACGAAAUGGUGAAGCUAUGUUAAUGGCGUCAUUUGCGGUACCAAAUAGUUUAUCUGACGCGGAACUUCUAAAGAAAGAGCAUGAACAAUUUCAAGUAGCAAUUGAAAAAACACAUACUUCAGCUGUACAAGUGAAAUAUCGUGCAGAUUCUUUAAUAAAUGGAAACCAUUAUGAUCCUCAAUCGAUUCGUGACAUAAGUGAAGAGGUCACAAAACGAUGGCAACAAUUAGUCACAUGUGCUGAAGAACGGCAUAAAUUGGUCACAGCUAGUUUAAAUUUUUAUAAAACUGCCGAACAAGUUUGCUCGGUAUUGGAUAGUUUAGAAAAAGAAUAUCGUAGAGAUGAAGACUGGUGCUCAACCACUCAACAACAAGGUGGAUCAAAUCCACCUGAUAAAGCUACUGCAGUUUCGCAACUAAUCAAUAAACAUCAAGAACAAAAGGAAGCAUUUUUAAAAGCUUGUACCCUUGCACGAAGAACUGCAGAAACUUUCUUAAAAUAUACAACACGAAGUUUACAAUUCUAUAGUUAUCAAACAACUGGAAAUGCUGAGGCUAGAGUGAAAAAUAUUCUAGAAAAAUUGUUAGCUCAAGAAAAUAAAGUUCUCGAACAUUGGACACAACGUAAAAAACGUUUAGAUCAAUGCCAACAAUUUGUAUUGUUUGAGCGAUCAGCAAAACAAGCAAUUGAAUGGAUUCAUGAUACUGGCGAAUGUUAUUUAACUACGCAUGCAACGAAUGUAGGUAGUAAUCAAGAAGAAACCGAAAGUUUACUUCGAGAGCAUAAUGAAUUUAAAGGUACAGCUAAAGAAACCCGAGAACGUGUUAAAUUAUUAAUCCAAUUAGCAGACAGUUUAGUUGAGAAAGGUCAUGCACAUGCUAAUUCUAUUAAACAAUGGGUGGCUGCAGUUGACAAUCGUUAUAAAGAUUUUUCAUCGCGUAUGGAUAAAUAUCGACAACAAUUAGAAGAGACUUUGGGUAUUCAAGUUGAGGAGAGUGAAAGAAAAGAAUUAUCAAUUGAUAGAAAUUCAGAUCCUAGUUUAGAGGCCAAAGUUAAAGAGGCUGCUGCCAAAGAUUUGAAAGAAUUAAAUGAAGAAAAAAGACGUUCUGCUCGAAGAAAAGAAUUUAUAAUGGCCGAAUUAUUACAAACAGAACGUACAUAUGUAAAAGAUUUAGAAUUAUGUAUAAAAGCAUUUUUAAAUGAAAUGCGUCAAGGUACAAACAUUCCUCAUCAAUUAAUUGGUAAAGAAGACAUAGUAUUUGGUAAUAUGGAAGAAAUAUAUAAUUUUCAUAAUUCAAUAUUCUUACGUGAAUUAGAAAAAUAUGAAACAAUGCCUGAAGAUGUUGGCCAUUGUUUUGUAACAUGGGCACAAAAAUUUGAUAUGUAUGUAUAUUAUUGUAAAAAUAAACCCGAAUCAAAUAAUUUUAUGGUACAGCAUGGUGGUAAUUAUUUUGAAGAAUUACAAAAGAAACAUAAAGUAGAGCAUCCAAUUGCUGCAUAUUUAAUAAAACCUGUACAAAGGAUAACAAAAUAUCAAUUAUUAUUAAAAGAUUUACAAUCAUGUUGUCAAGAAGGACAAGGUGAAAUUAAAGAUGGUUUAGAAGUGAUGUUAAAUGUGCCAAAAAAAGCAAACGAUGCAUUGCAUUUAUCGUUGUUAGAAGGUUGUGAUGUAUCUAUUGAUAAAUUAGGUGAAGUGUUGUUACAAGAAUCAUUUAGUGUUUGGGAUCCAAAGCAAUUAAUACGUAAAGGACGUGAUCGUCACAUAUUCUUAUUUGAAUUGUAUUUACUAUUUAGUAAAGAAGUUAAAGAUUCAAAUGGAAAAGUUAAAUAUAUUUAUAAAAAUAAGUUGAUGACAUCCGAAUUAGGAGUAACAGAACACAUGGAAGGUGACGAAUGUAAAUUUGCUGUAUGGACAGGAAGAGCACCUCUAUCAGAUUGCCGUAUUGUAUUACGUGCAAAUUCACUUGAUUCUAAACAAGCGUGGGUAAAACAAUUACGACAAGUUAUACAAGAAACAUACUUUGGAAACGCUCUUCCAUUAGCGCAACCACCAAAGAGUCCUGCACGUGGAAAACAUUCUCAACGAUCUAGCAGAGAUCUUGAAGAAUGUAAUUCACUUGAUGAAAGUGUUGAAAAUUUGGAUCGAAAUUCACUGGCAUCGUUUGGUUCUGGUAAUACCACUGACUCCGACAAGGCUGGUGUUGUGGAAAUGACGUGGGUGAUUAGCGAUCAUGUUGCGUCACCGGGUACUCAAGAACUUAGUGUACGUAAAGGUCAACAAGUGGAAGUUGUUGAGAUAUCAACAUCCCGUCCGGAUUAUUGUGUUGUGCGUAUGCCAACGCAGGGACCAGAUCUAGGUGCCGUACCAGAAGGACUUGUACCGAUAUCUGUGUUAAAACCACAACCAGCACCACGUGCGUCACCCUCAAGAAGACAACAAACAAAUCUAUCAAUUGAACACGAUGCUGAUGCCGCAGCAAGUGAUAGUUCUGGGACAAUCAAUACAUCAUCACCAGUUAAUAAAAGACGCGGGUUUAGUUCUAGAAAAUGGCUUCCACCACCUUUACGAAAAUUAUCACAAGGUAAAGUUGAAAAAGGACAGAACAAUGUUGUGGAGCGGCCGACGCCGUUGAAGAAAACUGGAUCAGAUAAACGAUUUAAGCUACCAUCGGAAAUGGGUAAUAAACCAGCAAGUAGUGAAGGUGACGGUGAAGGUGAUGAGGAUACAAGUACAUUAACAAAUGGUGCACCAGAUGAACCAGAAGAGGAGCCCGUUGAAUUACCACCACCAAUGAAACCAUUACAAGAACCAUUAAUAGUAGCACCAACGGCUCCCGCAUCAUGUACUGUGACAGCUAAUACAACUAUACCAGAAGACAGUCGAGUAUCGAGUUUAUCAUUGAAAAAUAUUGAAGGUGCAACAUCGGCAGAUCUUGCCGAAAUUGAACAAAUUGUUAAGGAACGAAUGGAACAACAUACAGAAAAUCAAGAACGUCAUAGUUUACUACGUGAUUGUAAAUCAACAGAUGCAUUAACUGAAUGUGAUGAAACAUCUAUUGAGGGUGGAAGUGGUGGGGACGGUUGUACAAAUAAAUUAGCUAGCGGUGGUGAAAGUGGUAGUGGUGAAGAAGUGAGUGACUCAGAACAAGCGUUACGUAAACGUGAUUAUGUUAUACGUGAAUUAGCGGAUAGUGAAGAAACGUAUGUACGAGAUUUAGCACAAAUUACUGAAGGAUAUUUGGCGUGUAUGCGUGAUCCAAAUUUUAUUAUAACACUACCAGACGAUUUAAAAGGGACUAAGCAAAAAAUGAUUUUUGGAAAUAUUGAAGCAAUUCAUGAAUGGCAUCGAGAUUUCUUCAGUAAAGCACUUCGUCGUUGUGUAGAACAUCCAGCUGAAUUAGGACCAUUAUUUCGACGAUGUGAACGUAAAUUACAUAUGUAUGUUGUAUAUUGUCAAAAUAAACCAGUGUCUGAACAUAUUGUGUCCGAACAUCUUGAUGGAUAUUUUGAAGAAUUACGACAGCAUCUAGGACAUAAAUUACAAUUAUGUGAUUUGCUUAUAAAACCUGUACAACGUAUCACCAAAUAUCAAUUACUAUUAAAAGAAGCAUUAGCAUGUACAGAACGCGCUGGUCUAAGCAAUGAAAUUGUGACGUUACGCCAUGCAUUACAUGUAAUGCAUGUUGUACCAAAAGCAGCAAAUGACAUGAUGGACGUAGGUCGAUUACAGGGAUUUGAUGGGAAAUUAAGUGCACAGGGACGUUUACAAUUACACGGUCCAUUAUUAUGUUCCGAAACACCAACUGGACCAAAGAAAGAAUUACAAGUAUUUUUAUUUGAACAAGCUGUUAUAUUCUCGGAUGCUGUUGGUAAAAAAACUGCGUACACUAGUCCUGUAUAUGUUUACAAAGCACAUUUUCAAGUGAAUAAAAUGGCCAUGGAAGAGAAUCAAAAUGGUACAUUUACGUUACGCUCAACGGAUCCAAGACGACCAAAUUUACAGUUUACAUGCGAAGCAUCAACACCAGAAUUACGUACACAAUGGCUACGAACAUUACAUGCAAUAUUACAAACACAGAAAGAUUUUCUAAAAGCAAUUCAAAGUCCUAUCGCCUAUCAAAAGGAAUUAACAAAAGAUGCUUUAUCGGCAAGUGAUUUAUCAAACAAUUGGAGUCCAUCGCUAAGAAAAACUCAAUCUGUUCCAAACCAACCAAAUAAACUUUCUCGAAAACCAAACAGUCGUCCUGGGCUUUUACAAGGAUUUCGCAAUUCAAUUAGUAGAAGAUGGUCAGAUACUGAUCCUCCAGGUCGCCCACAUUUAGCAUCAAAACCAACAGAUGUGAUUGCAUCAGCUAAUUCUGAUGCUGUAAUUGAAUGUAAAUUAGAAUCGUGGACAAAUGAUUUAUAUGUAACUUGGAGGAAAAUAGAACCAAAUCCAAUAGUUCUUCGAUCAAAUGAUCGAAUUCAAAUGACAUUAAUGAAUGGAAUUGCAACAUUGCUCAUAAAAAAUUGCCAUGAAUCCGAUUCUGGCAUUUAUCAAUGUACCAUAGCAAAUGAUAGUGGAACUGUCCAAUGUGUUGCAAAUCUCAAUAUAAUUCCAUCAAAACAUCUUCAGGCUGAAGUAGUUACUUGUUCAAGUGUGGCUCUAAGCUAUGCCAGCGAGAUGUAUAGAAAUUCAGAUAAAUGGCAUGUUGAAUAUUGUGAAGCGGGUACAGCACAUUGGCAAUCUGCUGUUGGAGGUCCAAGAAGUGGGCAUUAUUUAGUCGAACAUUUAAUUCCUGGUACAAGUUAUACGUUUCGUGUAAAUGGUGGACAACCUAGUGCAGCGGUUGCAUUACCGCCAGCAGAUAGUAGUCGACGAGCUCAAGAACAAUUUCAUCGACGUUAUGCAGAAGGUGAAGAAUUAGGACGUGGACGUUAUAGUGUAGUCCGUGCUGCAACUGAUCGUGGUACUGGCCAAAAAGUUGCUUUAAAACAAGCAUGGCGAGCUAGAAGGUCAAGAUCGGCCACACACUCUGAAUAUAGUUUAUUAUCAUCGACAGAACAUCAAAAUUUAUUAAGAGCUCUGGCAAUGUUUGAGCAUGCACCAAGGCCUGGAAUGGACACAAUUGUUAUGGAAUUAAUUCGGGGCCCUCCUAUCUUAGAAUAUUUAUGUCGUUGUACUGAAUACACUGAAGGUGAAGUUUCAUUUUUAUCUAGACAACUAGCCGGUGCGCUAUCUUGGUUACAUUUACGAAACAUUGCUCAUCGUGAUUUACGGCCAGAAAAUGUGAUAGUUGAUAAUUCUGGAUCAACACCGAAUGUAAAAUUAAUUGAUUUAGGAGCGGCUGUAGGACUUCCCGAACCACCAGCUUGUAUAGAAUGUACCGCACCCGAAUGUAUAACUGCAUUAAGAAAUCCAGAAAGUCCUAAAGGAUGUCCAAGUGAUAUGUGGUCAUUUGGUGUUUUGAUUUAUGUAAUGUUAAGUGGUUUAUCGCCGUUUUUAGAUGAUUCAGAUGAAGAAACUACAUCGAAUGUAUUAAAAUGUGAUUAUUGUUUUCCUGAUGAUUAUUUCUCAGGAGUAUCAGAUGAUGCUAAAGAAUUAAUUCGUCAGUUACUUAUACUGCAACCCGAAAAACGAAUUACCAUAACAAAAUGUUUAGAAUCUCCUUGGAUAGUUAAUGAUACCGCCCCAUGUAUAAUACCAUCAACACGUCUUUUAGCAUUUGUAGAAAGACGACAACCAUCUAGCAGUGUUCCAAGAUCACCGUUACAUAACCUUAGUUUAAAUGAUUAAAAAACAUUAAUUAAUUUUUCUAUAUAUUCUUUUAAUU